CUUCCGCAUGCAUUGCCGUAAGGUUCUUGCCAAAAGAAGGCGUUUCAUUGGUUGAUUGUUCAAAUGCUAUGGACCCAGUACAGCAGAUUCUAGGUCCCUGUAGAUCAUCCCACUUAAAGUUUAUGGAAUUGGCGGAUUUUCAUGGUUGCGUGCAAGCUCAAGUGAGAAAAAAGAGCCUCAACGUUUUAAGCAUCUCAACUAUCAAGCUCUAGCUUCAACGGCGCCGACAACAGCCUGAAGCUAUUCGCAACAAUGUUGCUGGCAAGACGGCUUUGUACAUCAUGUCUUCGAGCAAAAAGUGCAUCUAGCUCAAUUGCUAAUAGCUCCAAUAGCUACACACCCAAUUUCUUACAACGGAUAAAUAGUAGCAGAGUCUUGUCGCGAGCUGUCCCAACAGUACAACGCCGAGCGAUUUCAACGUCCGAAGAUACCAUUGAGCUCAAUGGCUCUUCAUAUAAGAAAGACUCCUGGUACAACAUACCACAAAAUGUCCUCGAUAAAAUCCCCCGCCGACUCCAUCUCCAAAAAGAUCACCCCAUUUACAUAACCCGGCAGAUCAUCGAAUCUGUCUUCCCACCGCCGAUCUACACUUACCAUAAUGAGUUCAAUCCGGUUGUCACCACAUACCAGAAUUUCGACUCUUUAGGUUUCCCUAAGGACCAUCCUGGCCGGGCGAAGGGAGAUACGUACUACAUCAACAGCGAUACGCUCCUACGCACACAUACAAGCGCGCAUCAAGCAGACGUCUUCCGCGCAAACCCCAGCGAAGGUUACCUAAUUAGCGCCGACGUGUACCGCCGCGAUGAAAUCGAUAAGAGCCAUUACCCCAUAUUCCACCAGAUGGAGGGUGCGCGGUCGUGGGACCGCGCCAAGGUAGCCAAUGGGGACAUUGCGGCGACUAUCUUGUCGGACGUAGAAAAACUGCCGAGCCACCCUAUCGAGGUACAAGACCCAAACCCCCCUUUUCACGAUGAGAGGAACCCUCGGCAAGAAGCCCAUCACUCCCCGGCAGAGGUCGAGGCCAUUGCUGCACAUCUGAAAAGGUCCCUGGAGCUUAUGGUUGUGGAGAUAUUCUCUCGCGCCAAGGCUGCAGCAGUGGAAGCCGACCCUAAUUACUUGGGUGAACCGAUUCAAAUGCGGUGGGUCGAAGCGUACUUCCCCUUUACUAGUCCCUCCUGGGAACUUGAGGUCUAUUAUGACGGAGCUUGGCUUGAAGUGCUCGGCUGCGGAGUGGUAAAGCAAGACCUAUACAUUAAUGCAGGUGUACCGAGUCAGCUGGGCUGGGCUUUCGGCAUCGGGCUCGAGAGGAUCGCCAUGUUGCUUUUUAAGAUUCCAGAUAUCCGGCUCUUCUGGUCGCAAGAUUGGCGCUGGGACCAACAGUUCAAGGGUGUGUCGGACAACCUAGAUUCCUUGAGGCCCUUCAUACCGUUCUCCAGGUACCCGGCCUGCUCGAGGGACAUAUCAUUCUGGUUGCCGUCGCCGUCGCCAGAGAGCGGCGAUACUGAAGCGGGUGAGUAUAAAUGGUGCGAAAAUGACUUCAUGGAGAUUCUGCGUAGCGUAGCGGGGGACACGGUCGAAGACGCGAAGUUAUUUGACGAUUUUACGCAUCCUAAAACCGGCAGGAGGAGUGUAGCAUACCAUAUCAACUACCGCAGUCUCACUCGGACCUUGUUGAGUAAAGAAGCAAAUGUGCUGCAUGAAGAAGUUCAGAGAUCUCUAGUAGAGAAACUCGGCGUGGAAAUAAGGGGAUAGAGAUCUUGGAUAAAAGAUACGAGCUUCAGCUUCAAGAAUUUCCACGAAGGAAAUUCAGACGAAAAUCGACGACAUUAGGAAUUACGCUGUAUGAAGAAUACCUAUUCAUGUUCGACCACACGUGAGACGCUGCGGACGUGUCUAGUAGAAAUAAGGUAAACUAUACCUAUACUAAUAAGACACAAAAAUGCACUUCUAUAAAGGGGCAUCAUCAAAUCGAAAAUGUGGUUCAACAUGACUUAACACGGUCUUAGCCAUUCAUAUGAAGUUGCUAAGCUUACAUACCACGAUAUAUGCAUUCGACUAUGAUAACGGUAGCA